AGCUCAGAAAAAUGGGAUUUGGGAGUGGUGGGUGGGAUCAGAUGUAGGGUGUUCCUUGGAGAGGUGGUGGUGGAACUUCUGCUCCACGGGCACCUCCCCAUGAGCUGUGCUGUUGCCAGAGUGGUGGAUUGCCCCACUGAGACCAUGGAAGGUGGGAAGGACGCUCAGAAAAAUGGGAUUUGGGAGUGGUGGGUGGGAUCAGAGGCACUGCAGGGUGUUCUUUGGAGAGCUGGUGGUGGUCCAUGGGCACCUCCCCAUGAGCUCCGCCGUGGCCAGGGUGGCCGAUCGCCUCACCGAGACCAUGGAAAACGGCAAAUCCAUGGAUCUCAGCGAGGUCUCGGCCACCUUCGUGCGCCUGGCCGACACCCACUUCAUCCAUUGUGUCCUUCCUCAUCCCCACCACCACCCAACAUGUCCUUCCUCAUCCUCAGUCCCACCCAACGUGUCCUUCCUCAUCCUCCCCACCACCCAAGGUGUCCCUCCUCUUCCUCAGCCCCACCCAACGUGUCUUUGCUCCCUCCCUCCUCAUCCCCACCACCACCCAACAUGUCCUUCCUCAUCCUCAGUCCCACCCAACGUGUCCUUCCUCAUCCUCAGUCCCACCCAACAUGUCCUUCCUCAUCCUCAGCACUACCCGUGGUGUCUCUCCUGACCCUCAGCCCCACCCAACGUGUCCUUCCUCAUCCUCCCCACCACCCAACGUGUCCCUCCUCAUCCUCAGCCCCACCCAGGGUGUCUCUGCUCCCUCCUAGAC